AUGAGCUCGUUGCGCGACGAUGACAUCAAACUGGACUCCGAAAAGCCGAUUGUCGUGAAUCCGAAGGAACGAGCACGCAUUCUGCGCAAGAUCGAUUGGCAUCUGUUACCUUUCGUGACGGUGUUUUUCUUGUUGUCGUUCUUAGAUCGGGCUAAUAUUGGAAAUGCGACGGUUGCUGGAAUGACCACAAGCCUGAACUUGACCGGCUUCAAGUACAACAUCGCUGCAGCCGUCUUUUUUAUCCCAUACGGCUUUGCUGAGGUCCCCUCAAACAUCCUACUCAAGCUAUUAAGGCCAUCCCGCUGGAUACCGUCUAUCAUGGUCGCGUGGGGUAUUGUGAUGACCCUUAUGUGUCUCGUCAAUUCGUACAAAUCUCUCGUUGUAGCUCGAGCGUUUCUCGGUUUCACAGAAGCAGGAUUAUAUCCAGGAAUAAAUUACUACAUCUGCCUUUGGUAUCCACGUUCGGAGCGGUCCAAGCGCAUUGCCAUAUUCUUCUCCGCAGCGUCUGUUGCAGUUGCCUUCGGUGGGCUCCUUGCGUAUGGUAUUGAACGGAUGGAUGGAGUUGGAGGAUUGCGUGGUUGGCAAUGGAUUGCAUGUUUGCAUUUCUGCUUGGAAGGCAUUGCCACUGUUCUCGUCGCAAUUUUCUCUUUUUUCUGCAUGCAUGAUUAUCCUGAAACGGCCAAAUUUUUGACCGAGCCAGAGAGAUUAUACAUCAUAGAUGCGCUCAAGCGGGAUUCAAAUAAUCUUUCCUCUCGCUUCGACACUCAAUUCGUCUGGCAAGCCCUACAUGAUUACAAGACAUACGUCCAAAUUCUCAUUUAUCUAGGGUUGCUCGUCCCUGGUUAUGCCAUCGCCCUCUUUUCGCCAACAAUCAUCAAUGAGCUUGGCUUCUCUGCUGCGAAUGCUCAGCUACUAUCAGUCCCACCAUUUGUUGCCGGCGCUAUUGGAACAAUCAUAGUCGGCAUCUAUUCUGAUAAGCACAAUCUUCGUGGCCCGUACAUCAUUGGUGGUGCGCUCGUGUCUCUUGUGGGAUAUAUCUUGCUAUAUUGCAGCAUACAAGCGGGCCCGUCGUACGUUGGAGCUUGUCUGGCCGCUGCGGGAAACUAUCCGACCGUCCCAGUCAUUCUUGCUUGGGCAGGCUCGAAUGCAGGAGGUGACUUAAAGCGUGGAGUUGUACUAGCAAUGGUCAUCGGUAUUAGUAACCUUGGAGGGGUUUGUUCCUCAUUCAUUUAUAUUGAUCCGCCACGUUUUCACAUCGGACAUGGCACUAACAUGGGAUUCAUUUCUCUGUCAAUCCUAAUGAGUCUCUUCGCUAUGUGGAACUACAAUCGGCUGAACAGAAAGAAAGAAACGCAGUGUCUGGCAGAAAACAUUAGCGGUGAUAGAAAAUACGAUUUCGAGGACAUGGGCGACGCUAGUCCUCUUUUUAGGUGA